AUGUCAUCGAAAGCACUUCGAAAGCUAGUUCCCAGUACAACGCGAUCAAAUCCUGCAUCAGUUAAGGUUUUGGUUAGUCGCUGUCAUUUCUCUGCUGUCAACGCUACUGUCAAAAAUACGCCAAAUGACCUAGCCGAUCUGGAACUGUCGUCUUUAUCUCUCAAGCCCCAAUCAGAUGAUGAAAAGGUCAAUAGAUUCGAUCCAGUCAAGCGGUCAGAAAAAAGGCGGAGGCAGCUCCCACCAAGUCGAUAUCAAUAUCGUUCUCCAAGAUACUACCGCGGACCACUUCAUCCCCAUCAGCCACCUCCUAAAACAGAUCCAGCAUCUCGAGAGUUUAUCCCAGGACCAUUCUCCUACACCAGACUUGAUCAGACCUACCAAUCGACAAUAGCUGCCGAUCUUAUGACAAUGAUGUAUGUGCAUAAACAGCCCGGAAUAAUCACCCCUCCCCGAGCAGAUAGAUUACGGACUUGGGAUGAAAGCUCGCCAUACCACAAGGGAAGACCCAAACGAGGUCCUCGUGGACCUGGUGAGGUCCUAAGUCUCACUGAGAAAGAUAUUCAUUGGAGAAACAUACCAAGGAUUGAAGAAAUCACAAUUCAUUCAUUUGUCAAAGAUGCAGCCAACGACGUAGCAUACUUACACGUUGCCGGUAUGCUGAUUCAGACCUUAACGGGAGUAAGAGCACAAGUUCAUGAGGCGAAAAGAAGUGUUUCCGCCUGGAAGCUUCGGCAGGGUGUUCCUAUCGCUCUUAGCGCUACAUUGAGUGGAGAUACAGCAUACGAAUUUCUUGACAAAUGUAUUCACCUAGUUUUCCCCAAACUCAAGGAUUGGCGAGGUGUCGCGGGAACCACCGGUGAUAGCAGUGGAAAUCUCGCAUGGGGAUUUAGCCCAGAAGGCGUAAUUCUUUUUCCCGAAGUGGCUAUCAAUUACGACAUGUAUCCACCAAAGAUGAUACCUGGAUUCCAUAUGGUUGUCAAAACUUCAGCUACAUCUGAUCGGCAAGCAAGACUUUUACUUGCAGCUUUAGGGGUCCCAUUUUAUGGCAAGAUGGUAGACUAG